UUUAUUAUUCCAAAAGAAACUUGGACCGAUACAUAUAAAGACUUGUCAAUGUUGAGGAGGCAAAGGCCUGGCGGUGGCCGUCACCCGCCACCGUUGACUCCAACGGUGAGCAACUUCAAGCCAAGAGCUCAAUGGAACAACUCUGGAUCUUCCAUAAUCCUUUAUGUCAAUCUUCCUGGGUUUUAUAGAGACCAAGUAGAAAUCAAGAAGGAUGAGAAGACACGAGCUAUCUACAUUCAAGGCCAGCGACCACUCUCUACUCAUACCAAGGCUCGUUUCAAUGAAGUUUACCGUGUUCCCGAGUCGUGCGAUAUGACGAAACUUAACACUUCUUUCUCACAUGGACUACUGACGAUCGAGUUUCCGGCUGUGGUGGAAGGUGAGAAAACGGAAAAGGCAGGCAAUGAUCAGGGAAAGACUGUGCAGGGGGCUAAUAAUGAGGAAAAUAGUGGGACUGGUCUCGGUGGGAGUAGCUUGGGACGGAAGAAACCUUCGGAUAAGGAGAAACGAGUGGGAACAAGUCAAGAGAAAGCUGUUACAAUGGCGAAUAAAGAAGAACCCAUAACGUAUAAGAGAGCAGUGCCAGCGGCUAAAGUGAAGAAUGAAGAGAAAGUGAAAGAAGGAGAAGCCAGCUCUGCUCAAAUAGGUCAACAAAAGACUCUACAGAAGGUAAAGGAGGAAGAGGCUAGAAGUACACCGAUCAUUGGUGGUAGCUUGGAAGCCAAGGUACUUGCAAAAGAAGAGAAAGAAAUUGAGAGAAAGAAGGAAGCUGAUAUCGGUCAAAAAAAGACUGGAGAGAAGGUGAAGGAGGAAGGAACUACUAGAAUACCUACCAUUGGUGGUAGCUUGGAACCUAAGGUACAUUCUAAAGCAGAAAAAAUAGUAGAGAGAAAGGGAGAUGGUGAAAUAGGUCAGAAGCUGAAAGAGAGAGUUAACGUGAUAAGCAAGCAUGAUGAGAAGAUGGUUGGAUACAAGGUAAGUGAAGGAGAGAUUCAAGAGAAAGUGGAAGAAAAGAAGGUAGAAGAAGCCGGUAUAGUCAAAAAUACAAGAGAUCUGAAAGGUAAACCUGAAGUCAUGGAACCAAGAAGGGUAGAUUCAGAUGUUAACGAAGACUUAACCAAAGGAGGUGAAGACAAAGAGGAAUCUGAAAAGGGUACAUUACUAGUCGAAGAACAGAGGAAGACCAACAUGGAUACUACUGCAACAGAAGGAAGAGGACAUGAGGAAGAAAGGAGUCAGAUAUAUGACACAUCUUUGGUCAAUGUUGGAGUAGCUUCUCUUGUCAUUAUGGGGUUUGGUGCAUACGUCUUCCUACCACUUGUAAAAAUGUUCUACUGACUCUGUUAAAAAAAAACAAAAGCAUACUCACUUAUAGUUACGAAUAAACCAAAGAAAAAACAAGAUUGC